GAAAAAAAAGAGAGUGAAGUGAAAAAUGAGUAAAGUAGCCAUCUUCUUCAGUUUGGCUCUUCUAUUGAGCUUCAGUUUAAUCGAUGCCUCACGUCCUAACUCUUUCUUUGAUGGGGGUGUUUCAAGGGUUGAGAUAGAAGAUGAGAUCUGUGAAGAAGGGGCAGAAGAAUGUUUGAGAAAAAGAACUCUAGCUGCACAUCUUGAUUACAUCUACACUCAAAAUGCUAAAGAGGGUCAACACGAUUUGAUAAACAAUAAGAUUAGAAAGUUCAGCAUGUCUAAACAAGCCACUUUCUUCACUUUGCUUCUUCUCCUAAGCUUCAACCUCAUCCAUGCCUCACGUCCACACCCUUCACUCAACACUUUCUCUUCUUUGCAUGAGGCAGAGGUAGACGGAGAGUUUUGCGAAGAAGAAACCGAGGAAUGUUUGAUGAGAAGAACACUAGCUGCCCAUGUCGAUUAUAUCUACACUCAGAAGAAUAAACCCAAACCUUGAUGGCAUCACACCACCCUCAGGAUCAAAUAUACCAAUACAAAAAAAUAAUAUACAAUUAAUAAUACCUAUACAUGUGUGUACUUAUUUCAUAAAUAAACAUAUGUGUUGGAUUCGAGCU